CCCAACUUUUCCUUCUCUCCCUCUAGCUUCUUGGGUGUUAUAUGGUAACUCUAUUCUCUCUCUAGCCGGCAGAGAUGAAGGUCCGAUCUUGGCUGUCCACCUGCUCUUCCACCACCUGUAUCGCCACUUCCGGCGACGCCGCCUCCCCAUCUCCUCCACGAAUAUUAUACUCUCCUCCACCAAAAUCUCUAAUCUAUGAUACCAGCAGCAGCUCUGAUACCCAUUCAUCAUCAACCAGCAACAGCAGCAUCCAGAGCAACCUCUCCCUCUUAACCCUUCCCUCAGUCCCCUCUCUCCAGAAACUCAUACCCUCCCCCGAAAACUCCGCUGCAUAUUCUUCCGCCACCGCCCUUCUCCUUGCUUCCCUUAAGCCCAGCCACCGCGCACACAUAAAUUUCCUUGCCCUCCACAACAAUCUCCUCUACGCCGCCUCAGGCAACGAAAUCAACGUCUACGAGAUCAUAAAUCACACCCUUUUCGAUACGUUUAAUGUUGAAAAGGUUUCUACCGGUUCUGUCAAAUCCAUCGCCUUUCGCGACGGGAAGGUGUUCACAGCCCAUCAAGACUGUAAAAUCCGGGCCUGGAAACUGAAUGAUCAGAAACAGCAUAAGCUCAUCGCCACGCUCCCAACUCUUGAAGAUCGUCUCCGUAGAUUCAUUCUGCCACAGAACUACGUUAAAGUCCGUCGGCACAAGAAGAAACUGUGGAUUGAGCAUCACGACGCAGUUUCGGGACUCGCAACCUGUCAAGAUGAGAACUUCGUGUUGUCUAUAUCGUGGGACAAAAGCAUUAAAAUCUGGGGAGCCCGGACUUUCCGAUGCCUGGAAUCCGUUAACGAAGCUCACGACGACGCAAUCAAUGCGGUGGUGAUAUCAAGAGAUGGAUUGAUAUACACGGGCUCCGCCGAUAAGAGGAUUAAAGCCUGGAAAAAGGAGGGGAAGAAGUACGGGCUGAUAGCCACGUUAGAGAAGCAUAAAUCGGCUGUGAAUGCAUUAGCACUAAAUCCUGACGGGUCGGUUUUGUUUUCCGGGUCCUGCGACAGAUCCAUUUUGGUGUGGGAGAGAGAGGACAGCGCCAACCACAUGUCGGUGACGGGUGCAUUGAGGGGUCAUGCAAAAGCCAUUCUUUGUUUGAUAAACGUCCAAGAUUUACUGUUGAGCGGAUCAGGUGACAUGACUGUCAGGAUUUGGCAACGAGGGAAUGAUGGGAGGUACUGCUGUUUGGCGGUGUUGGACGGGCACCAGACGCCGGUGAGAUCCCUGGCGGUGGAGACGGCGGGUGACGGCGGUGGUGUGAAGGUGUUCAGUGGAAGCUUCGACGGGGAGAUCAAAGUGUGGCAAGUUCAGACUUUUCCAGCGUCAAGGAUUAUGACAGAACAAUUAAUAAAAUUUUAGAUCGCGGCUUAUGAAUUUUUGAAUACAUCAUUGUUUUCAGUAAUGCAAACAUACAUAUCUUGUAUAGAGUAGCAGAAUUACUUUUGUCUCUUUUUCUUCUAAUUACCAGCUUGAUCGAUUUCGUGUUAAUUACAUAUGUGGAUUAUGUAAUGAUAAAUCUUGUGUGAA